AUGGAUGGUCUACAGCUUCGCGAUGAGGCAGUACGAGAUCGCAUACGCCUGGCAGAAGAAUUUCUAGAUCCCAGCGAUCAAAGCGCUCGAAGCUACCGCGCGGACAUCAUACUCAUGCUCAAUCGAGGUCUUCGAAGACUUACUGUCAGCCUUGAUGAGAUCAGAACACACAAUAGACAAUUGGCAGAUGGACUUCUCCAAGCACCUUUCGAUUUCUCUCAAGCAUUCGACCAGGCGCUCAAAAAUACGAUUGUGGCUUUACCCAAUAGACCUGCUAGGGAGGCGUCUGACGAUGUUAUGUACUACUGCGCAUACGUUGGCAGCUUCGGUGAAUUCUCCUGCAACCCUCGAACCCUCAGCUCCAAUCACCUCAACCAUAUGGUAUCGCUAGAAGGAAUUGUUACGAAAUGCUCUUUAGUUCGCCCGAAGGUGGUGAAAAGUGUGCACUACAAUGAAAAGAAGAACAUAUUCCGGUUCAGGGAAUACCGGGAUCAGACGAUGACCGUGAAUGGAGCCGCCAGCACAAGUGUGUAUCCUCAAGAGGAUGAGGAUGGAGAGCCGCUCAUUACAGAAUAUGGUUACUGCACUUACAGAGAUCACCAAACCAUCUCGAUACAGGAGAUGCCAGAGCGUGCACCGGCCGGACAGCUUCCUCGAGGUGUGGACGUGAUCAUGGACGAUGAUUUAGUAGACCAAGUCAAGCCGGGAGACCGAAUACAGCUCGUUGGUAUCUACCGGUCCCUAGGGAACCGCAAUGCCGGUCAAGGUAGUGCGACUUUCAGGACACUGAUACUGGCAAACAAUGUCAUCAUGCUCUCUUCUAAGUCGGGUGGGGGUAUCGCUCAGUCGGCAAUCACAGAUACGGAUAUUCGAAAUAUCAACAAGAUAUCGAAGAAAAAGAAUGUCUUUGAACUAUUAUCACAGUCGCUAGCACCGAGUAUAUAUGGCCAUGAUCACAUCAAAAAAGCAAUACUGCUCAUGCUAUUGGGUGGUAUGGAGAAGAACUUGGAGAAUGGUACACAUCUAAGAGGAGAUAUCAACAUCUUGAUGGUGGGAGACCCUUCGACUGCGAAAUCUCAGCUGCUCCGAUUCGUCCUGAAUACAGCACCAUUGGCAAUUGCAACGACUGGCCGAGGAUCCUCAGGCGUUGGUCUCACAGCAGCAGUGACCUCAGACAAAGAGACAGGAGAACGACGUCUCGAGGCCGGCGCCAUGGUUCUUGGAGACCGAGGCGUCGUUUGUAUCGACGAGUUCGACAAAAUGAGCGACAUCGACAGAGUAGCCAUCCACGAAGUCAUGGAACAACAAACCGUCACCAUUGCAAAAGCGGGCAUACACACAUCUCUCAAUGCCCGCUGCAGUGUCAUCGCAGCCGCAAAUCCCAUCUACGGCCAAUACGACCCUCACAAAGAUCCGCACCGCAACAUCGCCCUUCCUGACUCGCUCCUCUCCCGUUUCGAUCUUCUCUUCGUCGUCACAGACGAUAUCGAUGAUUUCCGCGACCGUCAGAUUUCUGAGCACGUCCUCCGUAUGCAUCGAUAUCGCCAGCCUGGCACUGAAGAAGGCGCACCAGUUCGCGAACAGCAAUAUCAGACCCUCGGCGUAGGCCUCGACGAAGAACAAGACGCCAACCAACCCACCACAGUCUACGAAAAAUUCAACAUCAUGCUCCACGCCGGCGUGACCGUGACCUCAGGUCGUGGCGCCGCUCGAAAAGUUGACGUGCUGAGUAUCCCUUUCAUCAAGAAGUAUAUUCAGUACGCCAAGCUACAGCGCAAACCUGUCCUCACAAAAGGGGCUGCAGAUCACAUCGUAACAACCUACUCCGCACUUCGCAACGACGAGCUGGAAGGGAAUCAACGCAAGACUUCUCCUAUGACAGCUCGUACCCUCGAAACACUGAUCCGCCUUGCAACGGCUCACGCCAAAGCUCGUCUCUCACACAAGGUAGAAGAGAAAGAUGCCGAAGCCGCAGAGUCGAUUCUCCGGUUCGCCCUCUUCAAGGAAGUUGUCGAGGACGAGCGGAAGAAGCGGAGGAAAGUCAGCCAUGCGGAUGCAAUGUCCAGCGACUCUUCUUCUGAUGACGACGAUGACGACGGAGACCAAGAAGAAGCACCACGAAGGAAUGGCACCACUCCUCGCCGAACAACACGGACCAACGGGACCGCAAGGACAAGGGGUGCUGCUACUAACGGCGACAACGGCGGCGACGUGGACGGUGAUGGCGACUCGGACAAUGACGACAUGUACACUGCCAGCCCCCGCACCAAUGGCCGCACCACGCAAUCGCAGAUGUCGGUUGCGUCCUCAGCGCCAGCAUCUCAGCUCCUCACAUCGCAAGGAGAUGAUAGCCAAGCCAGCACUAACGGCGACUCACAACAGCCCAUCAGUGCAAACCGCCUGCGAGUCUUCCGGACUGCAUUAGGGCAAUUGGUGAAUACCAGUGUGUUCCAAAACGAGAGCGCCGACGUAGAGCCGCUUGUCAAGGCAGUCAAUGAGAGGUUGGGAAGGACAGGGGAUGCGGAGUUCGGGCUGGCAGAAGCUGGGAAGGCGCUGGAGGGGAUGCAGGAGAGGAAUGAGAUUAUGUAUUCCGAGAGCGACGGUAUUGUGUAUAAGAUCUAA